AUGAAAUUUGUAUUUAUAUUAUUCAUUUUGACAAGUGUGCAACUUCAAAUAGCUUACUAUGUAAGUGUUCACUAUAAGGACGUAUUGGAACAGAACAUACUAAGGCAUCUGACUGAAGCAGAACAUCUUAAUGGAUAUGAAUUUAUGACCACUAAGAUUCAAUACAUUCUGAAGGUUGGUAAAGAAUUGUAUGUAGUACGAACUACGUUGCAGUGUAGAGUUGAAACAAGUGGUACGACACUACCGUACAGUGAAGAGCAGUCAGGAGAAACUAUUGAAAAGGAAAAAAUAUCAAAUGAAAUGGUUGAAGUAACAAGCAGGUUGAUUGGGGUUAAGUUUGGAUCAGAUAGGGUAUUUAGGAGACUCUGUAUUCAGUUUACGGCAGAGGAUACUGUAAAUGACCAUCAGCUGAAAACAUCAUUUACAUACAAUAUUAGAAUGGCCAAAUUGAUGUUAUGUGAUGUUGAUAAGAAUAGUAGCUGGUAUGAAACAACGAUAAAUAUAUAUGAUUUGGAUAUAGCAAAAUACAAAAGAAGAAGAAAAGCGCAGACUUCGCGUCUGUUUAGAGGCGUGGUUAAUGUUAUUUAUUCGAUGAUCAGGUUAUUGUAUGAAGAUGAUCCAGAAGAAGGCACAUCAGGAGUAGAACGGAGAAGGAGCGAUGAUGAAUCAGGAACAGAAGUUAAAGUGCCUAAGAGUGCGAUGAAACCAGGAUCAUUCACAGGUAAGAAGUGUAUUAAGGGGAAAUCAGCUAAGAAAAAGAGAGGAAAGAAGCGGAGUGUUCGAUUUAAGGAGGAAGCAACUGUUCAUUUAUAUGCGAGCACAAGAAAAAGAAGAUGUGAGAGUAGUGAACCAACAAAAGAGCAUGUACGUAAAUUUGGUGAAGAAGGUACGAAAAGAUACAAGAAAGCAGCAAGUGAAGUGACAACAUUGGUCUCACAAUACGAAGGAGAUGAAGAAUUUCCAAAAUUUGAGAAAACUGAGCCAACUAAGGCAGGAAGUGAUGCUGAUCUUGGAAGCAAAACAGUUGCAAUAUUCCCAAGGUGUAUUCUGGAGAAAAACGAGACAUUUCAUGAACCAGAUAAUGGUGAAGAUGAUUCAUCAGAUAUUAAGCCAGCGAAAUUCAUUGUAGAGAAAUAUGUGGAAGCAGAAGAAGAUGGUUCUAGUGAUGCGGAUACAGUCAUACUAGAUCCAUCAGAUGAAGCAUCUGGAUCUGGUAAUAAUUGA